AUGAAAGCAUUGGUGAGAUUGCUGAGCAUUACUACAAGCGCCUGGUUGGUGGUGAUCCAGGAACGAUCACUGGUGAGUUGGACGACUGGCUUAGCGGGACGUACAUGA